AUGGGAGAAUCGCCGACAGAGACGCCGCCACCGGCGACGCCAUCGUUUCUCAAGCUUUCUUACCCUGCGCCUCGAGUCCUUCUUGUCCGGAUGGAUAGGCCAAAAGACCUCAACGCGAUGUCGACCGCUGCGCAAUGGGAGAUGGACUCGGUGUGGAAGUGGUUCGAUCAAGAACCCAACCUCAGCGUUGCAAUAAUCACAGGCACAGGACGCGCCUUCUCAGCCGGAGCAGACUUGAAGGAAUGGAACAACAGCAUGGCUUCCGAGGCCGACCCGAGCAAACGAAUGGGCAACGCGCCGGCCUUCAAGCCCCUAUCCCGAAGACUGGGAAAGAAACCCGUGAUCGCGGCAGUGAACGGACUGGCGAUGGGCGGCGGGUGCGAGUUCAUCGUCAACUGCGACCUCGUCGUAGCCGCGGACGACGCAUAUUUCGGACUGCCCGAGGUCAAGCGCGGCAUCGCAGCGAUAGGCGGCGCCCUCCCGCGACUAAUACGGACAAUCGGCCUUCAACGAGCGAGCGAGUUCGCCCUGACGGGGCGCAACGUAUCAGCGCAAGAGAUGGCACAAUGGGGGAUCGUGAACAAGGUGGUGCCCAAGGACAAGGUCGUCGAGGAGGCGGUGCGUUAUGCGCAAAUGAUUGCCGUCAACUCCCCGGACGCCAUCAUCUGCACCAGGGCCGGGCUGAGGCAGGGCUGGGAGACGGCGGCGGUUGAAAGGGCCGUUGAGUGGACUCUCGAGAAGGAGUUUGCUGAGCUGCAGAAGGGGGAGAAUAUCCUCGAGGGUCUCAAAGCGUUCUCCGAGAAACGGGAGCCGCGGUGGAAAGGUAGCAGGCUGUGA